AUGAAUCAGGCCUCUUCCGCCAUACGUAAAUUCCACCUAAUGGAUCAGUAUAAAACAUUCACGCACGGCGGCAACUACUGGCGGGAUAACUACCGUCUUAACUACUGGGACGAGUGCGUGCAGCCGGUUGUCUAUCGCAACAAUAUCUACUACGGGUACAAGCUACUGCGCAGGCUGGGCGAUUGGAACUACUUAACGUGCAUGGAGACCUCCAUCCCGGGAAUGUUGCCCUUCCGCCACCUACUCGCGAACAUAUCGAUCAGGUCCUAG